UUCGCUGCAAGCUUUGUAGCGCUGCGGUCGCUAACGUACAAUUAUUGCCGCAACAGCAUCGUUACCGACAUCAGCUUGAUAUCGCUGACAAUGCAGCUGAGUUUUAGAAUGCUUUCAACUGAAAGUCGAGCGUAGACCCACUAUGUGCGCUAUAUGCUACAGCGUUUCAGCAUAAAAGCAGCGGAAGAGCCCGCAAGUGUUGCCGCAGUUGGCGCGCUAUGGGUAGUAGUGUGGGACGGUGCAGCGAUAAAAGUACUGCAGUUGAGUGAAGUUGCGAAAGUGCGGUGUGCCUUUGAUAGGCAGGAAAGAGACGAACGCCGCUGGUUUUCGUUUUCGUGAAUGCCCCGAGGAUCGUUGCCAGCAAUGCCGCACAGCAGUAACCUUGCGCUCACCGUGGCAUGUCACUUCGUGUGCCUCUGUGCAGUUGGCAUACCUGUCCUUGUCCUCUUCCUGGCUGGCAAGCCAUUUAAGCGUGGCUUCUUCUGCGAUGAUGAAUCACUGAGGUACCCAUUUCGUGACUCCACCGUCACAUCUCCAAUGCUCUACACCUAUGGCAUUCUCAUACCUAUUGUCACGAUGAUUGUGCUGGAGGGAACGCGAACCAAACUGCGUGUGCCUGAGACGAUCACCACGAGCAAUAAACUGCUGUUCAAAUGGAAGGUGCCACCAUCACUACAGGUAUGGACAUUGUUUUGUACACAUUGGCACAAGCUUUUCAGAGGAAUAGAGAGGUUCACGUCUUUAUGUUGAGCAUUUAUUCUGCACUGUAUCAAGAAAUAAACUUUCACUUGUCAGUGCACCUGGUGAUUGUCUUGCUGUUUUCGUUGUCCUUCAAAUUCUUUGGUGCCACUUCCAAGCCAUGCAAGCCAUCCUAAAGUACCUCGCUUCCUCACCCGAGCUAGCUUGCCUGAAGAGGACGUGCAGGCACCAUAACUCUUCCUUUGGGAACCC